GCUCAGCGCUCGCAGCCAGCCUUGCCGGGGGCUCUCCUGAUCUCCGUGGAGCUCCGCAGCGCUCGCCCCGGUGGUUUUGCUCCCCCCCAUCCCUCCUCUCCACCCACCCCUUCCCCCUUUUCGCCUUGUCGGGUGUGUUUUUUGCCUGUUGGAAAAGUCCCCGCUGCCCAGGAUGGGGGUCGGUGGGUGCUUGGCCCUGCCCUGGAGGUGCCUGGUCGUCCUCUGUCUCAGGCUGCUCUUCCUUGUGCCCGCAGGAGUGCCCGUGCGCAGCGGAGAUGCCACCUUCCCCAAAGCCAUGGACAACGUGACAGUGCGGCAAGGGGAGAGCGCCACGCUCAGGUGCUCCGUGGACAACCGGGUGACCCGAGUGGCCUGGCUGAACCGCAGCAGCAUCCUCUAUGCCGGCAAUGACAAGUGGUGCUUGGACCCUCGGGUGGUGCUCCUGGCCAACACCAAAACCCAGUACAGCAUCCAGAUCCACGACGUGGAUGUGUACGAUGAGGGCCCCUACACCUGCUCCGUACAGACAGACAAUCACCCCAAGACAUCGCGUGUCCAUCUCAUCGUGCAAGUGUCUCCAAAAAUCAUUGAUAUCUCUUCUGACAUCUCCAUCAACGAGGGCGGCAAUGUCAGCCUCACCUGCAUAGCCACGGGCAGGCCAGACCCAACAAUUACCUGGAGACACAUCUCACCCAAAGCCGUGGGCUUCAUCAGUGAGGAUGAGUACCUGGAGAUCACAGGAAUCACACGGGAGCAGUCGGGAGAGUACGAGUGCAGCGCCUCCAACGAUGUCUCAGCGCCCGUGGUCCGGCGAGUCAAAGUCACCGUCAACUACCCGCCGUACAUCUCGGAUGCCAAGAGCACCGGGGUGCCCGUGGGGCAGAAGGGCAUCCUGCUGUGUGAAGCCUCUGCUGUCCCCUCUGCCGACUUCCAGUGGUACAAGGAUGACAAGAGACUGGCUGAAGGACAGAAAGGGCUGAAAGUGGAGAACAAAGCCUUCUUCUCCAGACUGACUUUCUUCAAUGUCUCCGAGCAGGACUACGGCAACUACACCUGCGUAGCCUCCAACCAGCUAGGGAACACCAACGCCAGCAUGAUCCUCUACGGCCCUGGCGCAGUGCACGACGGCAACAACGGCGCGUGGCGGCGGAGCGGCUCCGCGUGGCUGCUGCUCCUCCCGCUUGCCCAGCUCGCCCGCCAGUUUUGACACCAGAGCCGGCCCGCGGAGCAGCGGCGGCGACGACCACGGCCAGCGAGAGCAAGCAGAAAGGAGAGGAAGUAAGGAAGAAGAAGAAGAAGAAGAAGAAGAAGAAGAAGUGUUCACCGUUUCCGAAAAUAAUCAUAAGAAUUGAGAGAGUAUCCGGCCAGGCCACCUGGGGGAGGGGGAGAGAGGAAAAACACGCAAAAAAA